AUUUUGCUUCUUUUUGGUGGACUAAUUUAAUUAAAAUGUAAAUGAAUUCCGUACGUGGCGUUUCGAUGUGAUAUUUUGAGUGACUAGUCAACGUAUCUCUUUAAAAAUGCUCAACGUAGAGAAAACUUGUCGAACGUGCAUGAAAAGCUGUGAAAUAUUAAUCGGGCUCUAUGAACCUGUGAAGUCGGAAAAUGAAGAAAGUCCUACUCUGUCGGAGAUUUUGGAAGUCUGUACAGCUACGCAGGUGUCUAAAGAAGACGGGUUUCCUCAAAAGUUAUGUGAGGAAUGCGUCAAAGCACUGCAGUUCACUUACUCCUUCCGAACGCAAGUGCUCAACUCAUAUGAAGAGUUCAGAAAACUAAUUCAGGCUCAAGCAAAUGUCAAAAAUGAAGAUAUUGAUGUGGAGCUCAAGACAGAAAGUCAAUUUAACUACGAUUUCUGUUACGACGAUUUCCUACUCGAUGACUUUACCAAACAUGAGACUGAAGACAAAACUUAUGAGUGUAGCAUAUGUAACAAGCAGUAUACUAAUGAAAAAAGGUUUAUAAACCAUUUAAAGACUCAUGGAGAGCCGGAUUUGCCUUGUCCCGUUUGUACUAAAACUUUUCAUAAGCAGUCUGCUCUGAACCGGCACCUUGGGAAGCACCAUAAAUGUAAUAUUUGCCUUAAUUACUUUGAAACAGAAAAGUUACUAUUAGAACAUAUGACUGAGCACGUAGAUGUUGAGAUUAAGACUGAACAGGAGGAAAAUCUGUACAAAUGUUCGGAAUGUGAUGUAGUGUAUACUAAGCAGAGAUCUUUAGCCAUGCAUAUGAAGAAACAUAAAGGCAAGAAAAAGGAGAAAAGUUUCUUUUGUGACGUUUGUGGAAAGCAGUUUGCGUUGAAGACGUUGCUUCGGAGACAUAUGAAGCUGCAUAGUGAGGAGCGACCAUAUCAAUGCGUGAAGUGUAACAAGAGUUACUCGAGGCAUGAUCAGUAUACUGAGCAUAUGAAUAGGCAUAACGGGGUCAAACCUAAUGUGUGCCCACAUUGUAAUAAAGCAUUCAGCCAGCUCUGCAGCCUGAAAGACCACAUUCGCACACACACUGGGGAAACCCCGUACCUCUGCUCUGAGUGUGGCAAGGGCUUCAAUAACAGCUCUAAUUUACGGCAGCACAUGAUAAGACACACCGGACUGAAGCCAUUUGCUUGUAACUUGUGCCCUAAGAGGUUUUCUACUAAAGGUCAAAUGACGUGUCACAUUGGCACCCACACCGGCGUGCACCCAUACAAAUGCGAAGAAUGUGGUGCCGCGUUCACCAAGCCCAACUCGCUGAAGAAACACAAACUGAUUCACUUGGGCAUCAAACCCUUCGCCUGCGAUACAUGUAGCAUGAGGUUCUCAUGCAAGGACCAUCUCAAGCGGCACUAUCGCAUACACACCGGAGAGAAACCUUACAAGUGCAAGUACUGCGACCGAGCCUUCACUCAGAGCAACGACUUGGCCAAACACACCAGGAUGCAUGUCGGACAGAAUAUUUACCAAUGCACCCAAUGCGACAUGCGCUUCCGUCUGCUCAGCGAGCUCAAGCAGCACUACCCCUCCCACUACCUCUCCGCCGAACCCCUCCCUCUCUCCCUGCCCCUCGCCACCCAACCCCUCCCGAUCUCUCUCCCUCUCCCUAAGCAAGACGUGGUGCUGCUCAAGCCUGAGAAUAAGGAUACUGAGGGGACUAUAACUAUCACCUUCAGUAGCAACGGGAUGGACAAGGAUGGCCUGCAUGGGAACAUUACUAUUGAUAUUACGCCGCAGAACUAGACUAAAAUGUUAGAGUUAGGGCCUAUUUUAUGUACGUUAGUUACAUUGCGGUCUGUUGAGGUUACAUCCGAUUUAGCCGACCAAUUGACUCGUGUAAAUCUGCCCUUAAACCAGGCUAACUCUGCAGCGAAUUUGAUUUGGGCCGAUUUUGGAAUAUAUUCUAUUUCGUUCAAUACUUGUUAGAAAUUAAAUUUAUAGAAAACGAGUCGUUAACACUAGAUUAUUUGUCUCUAUCGCUCGUUUUUCAAAAGUCACUACUGCCAGUAGUAAUAUUUAUCGUUCAAACAAAACUUUAAGUGACGAAAUUGAGCGCUUGAAAUAA